UCUUGAACCAAAACCCACCACCCCCAUUUCCUUCCUUUUCCUUUCCGUCCAUCAUUACAAUUUUUACCAACCAAACACAACCCCCCCUAUUUUCUUUUUCUAUAUAUCUCUCUCUAUAUUUUAUAUAUAUAUAUAUAUAUAUUUCUGAAUAUAAAUUAAUUAGUUUGAAAAAUGGCCGAUCAGCUAACCGAUGACCAGAUCUCCGAGUUUAAGGAAGCUUUCAGUCUAUUCGAUAAGGAUGGCGAUGGUUGUAUCACUACAAAGGAACUCGGAACCGUAAUGAGAUCACUUGGCCAAAAUCCUACAGAAGCUGAACUUCAGGACAUGAUCAAUGAAGUGGAUGCCGAUGGUAAUGGAACCAUCGACUUCCCAGAGUUUCUAAACCUGAUGGCAAGGAAGAUGAAGGACACAGACUCGGAGGAGGAAUUGAAAGAGGCAUUCAGAGUGUUUGACAAGGACCAGAACGGCUUCAUUUCUGCUGCUGAGCUGCGUCACGUGAUGACAAACCUUGGGGAGAAGCUUACUGAUGAAGAAGUUGAUGAGAUGAUCCGAGAAGCGGAUGUUGAUGGUGAUGGGCAAAUCAACUACGAGGAGUUUGUUAAGGUUAUGAUGGCCAAGUAAUAGGUGUGUUGGUAGUGGUCAGUAUCUAGUUGUCAAUUGGUUUGGGGCUGCUAUGGAUCCUUUAAUAUCUCUUUCUUGUUUAAAUUAUUAUGUAUUUGUGAUGACAAGUGUUUCUUUUUCUUCA